AUGUCGUUCAUGGGAGGAGCCGAGUGCUCCACGGCUGGGAAUCCCUUGAGCCAGUUUCAAAAGCACCUCCAGGAUGACAAGUCUUCGCAGCGGGACCGGCUUGUUGGGAGAGGGCCCGGUGGUCAGAUGGGUGGCUUUCGCAGUCCGACGUCUAAUACGCAGCAAGACGAGAUGAUGAAUGGCUUUCUCAACGGCGGUCCGACCCUUCAGCAGGAGUUUCCCAUGCAAGCCGGGCCUGCGCUAAGUCCAGCCCAACAUGCUCCGAUGCGUGCCAGCUCGACAUCUCCUUCCUGGGCGCAAGACUUCAACAGUCAGCCAGGUCUGGAGUCGGUUUUUAAGCCCCCCCCCGUUUCUCACUUCUCAGCGGACGAAUUCUCUCGAUUCCGUCAAAUGAAGGACCAAGCGUCACCAGCCACUUCCAGUCCCAUGCAGACGAACAACAUGUCUAGUCAGAUGCACCAGCGGCCCAUGAUGGGGGGCGGUAUGAUGAACAUGGGUAUGGGAUACGGGCAGCCCAUGUUUCAUUCAAUGUACCAAAACCAACCCCAUCAGCAGCACCAGCACCAGCACCAGCACCAGCACCAGCACCAGCACCAGCCUGAGGGCAAGGGCAAGGGCAAGUUGGUGGAGUUGGACGACAGCAAAUGGGAAGAGCAGUUUGCUCAGCUCGAGCUCCAGGACAGGGAGGCGGAGAGGCUGAAAGAGCACCAAGAAGCCAACGCUGCGGAGAGGGAGUUGGACGAGAUGGACAGGGCGAUGCAGUCUGAGACGAAUGAGUUUGGCGACUUUGAAUCUCUCUGGAAGGGAAUUCAAGCUGAGACGGCCGCUGCGAGAUCCAUGGUCAACGACGAGAGCCUGUUUGACGAGUUUGACAAGGAGUGGAGCAGCGAAAACAUACCGGCCGACUUGUCCAUGGCAGACUGGGGUCGGUUCGGCGACCCUGCCGUCGAAAGCUACCUGUUUGAGGAAGAAAACUUUUUCCGCGACGAAAAAAACGCGUUCGACGAAGGCGUGCGCGUCAUGAAGGAGGGCGGCAACCUCUCGCUGGCGGCGCUGGCUUUCGAGGCGGCGGUUCAGCAAAACCCAGGACACACGGCGGCGUGGGUGUACCUGGGCAAGGCUCAGGCGCAGAACGAGAAGGAGACUGCGGCGAUCCGCGCCAUGGAGCAGGCCUUGAAGCUGGACGGCGACAACCUCGAAGCCCUGAUGGGCCUGGCAGUAUCCUACACCAACGAGGGAUACGACAGCACGGCGUACAGGACACUGGAGCGGUGGCUCUCGGUCAAGUACCCCGAGGUCCUGAACCCCAAGGACCUGCACCCGGCGGCCGAGAUGGGCUUCACCGACCGGCAGCUCCUGCACGAAAAGGUGACGACGCUGUUCAUCAGGGCGGCGCAGCUCAGCCCGGACGGGGAGCACAUGGACCCGGACGUGCAAGUCGGCCUGGGCGUCCUGUUCUACGGCGCCGAGGAGUACGACAAGGCGGUGGACUGCUUCCAGUCGGCGCUGCACUCGUCGGAGCUGGGCACGUCCAACCAGCGGGAGCAGGUGCACCUCCUCUGGAACCGGCUGGGGGCCACGCUGGCCAACAGCGGACGGUCGGAGGAGGCCAUCGCCGCGUACGAGCAGGCGCUCUCGCUGUCGCCCAACUUUGUGAGGGCGCGGUACAACCUGGGGGUCAGCUGCAUCAACAUCAACUGCCACCAGGAGGCGGCGUGCCAUUUCCUGGCCGCGCUCGACAUGCACAAGGCCAUUGAGAAGUCGGGCCGCAGCAAGGCUCACGAGAUCCUCGGCGAGGGCGCCGACGGCAACGUCGACGAGGUGAUUGACAGGAUGUCGGCGCAGAACCGCAGCAGCACGCUGUACGACACCUUGCGGCGCGUCUUUACCCAGAUGGGACGCAGGGACCUGGCAGAGAAGACGGUGGCAGGGGUGGAUCCCGACGUAUUCCGGCCCGAGUUUGAUUUCUAA